UCUGAUAUGCAUAAAUAAUUAUGUGAUAUUGAUAAAUUUGUUUUUCCUGUGUUGUUUGUGUCCAGUACGUGAGUGUGUUGUGUGUGUGUGUGUGUGUGCCGCGGCCCAGCGUGCACGACAGCGGCGGCAGGCAGCACCAGGCAGCACCACGCCGCCACCAUGACGCGGGACAGCAGACGCCGAAGGUCACGGACACGGUCUAGGAGCCUAGAGCGUCGGCGCUCCAGGGAGAGAGACCGUGACAGAGGCAGAUCACGACGGUCCCGCUCCAGAGAUCGUGACAGGGACCGUGACCGUGACCGCGACCGUGACCGUGACCGGCACAGGUCUAGAAGUAGGGACCGCAGAAGGUCAAGGUCACGUGACAGGCGUUCCAGAUCAAGGUCACGAGACAGAGACAGGGACAGAGACAGGAAGAGGAGCAGGAGCAGGUCAAGGGACAGAGACAGAAAAAGGAGUCGAAGUAGGUCAAGGGACAGGGACAGAGACAGAGACAAAGACAGAGACAGAAAAAGAAGCAAGAAGAGCCGCACUCCAUCCCCUCCCAAGGUGAAGCUCCUUCUCAACCCUCCGAAGCCUCAAGAGCCCGUCCCCGUAGCACCCAAGGAAGAAGAGGAGGUGCCGCUGGACUUUGACCCAUCAAAAGUAGAUAAGGAAGAAACAGAAAAACGCCUUGAAGCUGAAAUGCAAAAGAGGAGGGAAAGGAUUGAGAAAUGGCGAGCUGAGAAAAAGAAGAGGGAGUUGGAGGCAGCAAAGAAGGAGGCAGAGAGAGGGACUCUGGGAGCCAAUGUUCCUAAAGUGUCCAUUAAGGCAUGGAGUCUUGAGGAUGAUGAAGAAGAGGAAGAGGGAGAAAACAAGGAAGGAAAUGGGGAGGCAGAUGAGGAGGAUGAAGUUGAUCCCCUCGAUGCCUUCAUGUCAGGUAUCCAAGAAGAAGUUCGGAAGAUCAGUCGUGUAGACAUUCGAGGAGGAGUGAAGAAAGGCACAAAGAUCACUGCAGCAGGUACAGAGUCUGGGGGGCCUAAGAAGCCAGUGAUCAUCAUGGGUGUGGCAAAGAAGGUGAGUGCCAAGAAGAAGGGGGAGCUGAUGGAGCAGAACCAGGAUGCCCUCGAAUACUCGUCUGAGGAGGAGGGCGAGGACCUGAAGGACACCAUGGCCAGCAUCAACUCUAAGGGCAAGAAGGAGCUUGGGAAGGUGGACCACACAGUCAUUGAGUAUGUACCAUUUAGGAAGGACUUUUAUGUGGAGGUGCCGGAGAUUGCCAACAUGACCAAGGAGGAAGUUGAUGCAUACCGAGCUGAACUUGAAGGAAUCAAGGUUAAAGGUCAAGGAUGCCCCAAACCCAUCAGGACUUGGGCUCAGUGUGGAGUCAGCAAAAGAAUAUUAGAUGUCCUCAAAAAGAACAACUAUGAGAAGCCGACACCCAUCCAAGUGCAGGCCAUCCCAGCCAUCAUGAAAGGUAGAGAUGUCAUAGGCAUUGCCAAGACAGGCUCAGGGAAGACGUUAGCCUUCCUGCUGCCAAUGUUCCGACAUGUAGUGGACCAGCCACCCCUGGAGGACACAGACGGACCUAUUGCCCUCAUCAUGACCCCCACCAGAGAGCUGUGCAUGCAAAUUGGCAAGGAAUGCAAGAAAUUUGCUAAGAACAACCUGAGGGUGUGCUGUGUGUAUGGUGGCACAGGAAUAUCAGAGCAAAUAGCAGAGUUGAAGCGAGGAGCAGAAAUCAUCGUGUGCACUCCAGGUCGAAUGAUUGACAUGCUGGCUGCCAACGGAGGGCGGGUGACCAACCUGCGGCGAGUGACCUACGUGGUGCUCGACGAGGCUGAUCGCAUGUUUGACCUGGGUUUUGAACCUCAGGUUAUGAGAAUAGUAGACAACGUUCAGCCAUCACGGCAAACUGUGAUGUUCUCAGCUACAUUCCCAAGACAAGUAGAAGCUCUGGCUAAGAAAAUUUUAAUGAAACCUAUUGAAAUAACGGUAAUGGUCUUAUAUGUGUUUUAUAUGUUCUGUGGAUGGUUAAACUAUAUUAAUCUUAAUAAUCUUUCCAAAAAUAUUUGUUGGCAUUUAAUGGACCUGCUCAGUCAUUCCUACCGGGCACUGGUGCUCCACGGAGGGGUGGACCAGAUUGACCGCGACAGCACCAUGAUGGACUUCAAGGCUGGUCGCGUGCCCAUCUUGGUGGCGACAUCUGUAGCAGCCAGAGGCCUGGAUGUUAAGCAGCUGAUUUUAGUUGUAAACUUUGAUGCUCCCAAUCACUAUGAAGACUAUGUACAUAGGUGUGGACGUACAGGCCGUGCUGGAAACAAAGGCUGGGCAUACACCUUUCUCACCCCUGAUCAGCCUCGCUAUGCUGCUGAAGUCGUCCGAGCUAUGGAGAUCUCUGAGAUCACUGUACCACCAGACUUGCAGAAACUUUUUGAUGAAUACAAGCAAAAGCUGGAAGGAGAAGGCAAGAAAGUUAAAACAGGUGGUGGUUUUCAUGGUAAGGGUUAUAAGUUUGAUGAGUCUGAAGCUAACUUUGCAUCAGAAAAGAAGAAGUUCGAGAAGGCUGCACUUGGAUUGGCAGACUCUGAUGAUGAAGAUAUUGAGCAAGACAUUGACCAGCAGAUAGAGAGUAUGCUCAACACAAAGAGGACUGUCAAGGAAAUCAAGGCCCCUGAAGUGUCAUCAAACUCAGAUAGUUUAGCUGGCAUGCCCUUCGGUGGUCCCUCAGCCUCAGACAAGUUAGAACUGGCACGCAGACUGGCUCAGCGCAUCAAUCUUCAGCACAAUAUUGGCAAGGAGGCAAAGGGUGCCAGUCAGCAGGCUGCUGAGUUUAUCCUAAAGGGAGGAGCUGCUAUGCAACCCACUAUAUCAGCCAAAACUGUUGCAGAACAGAUGGCCCAGAAACUCAACAAUAAACUGAACUAUCAGCCACGUGAUGACCAGGAGGAAGAGGAGGAGACAGCAGAAGAAACUCAUCAUAAGUAUGAAGAAGAACUUGAAAUUAAUGACUUCCCUCAGCAGGCAAGGUGGCGAGUUACCAGCAAGGAAGCCUUGGCACAGAUCUCGGAAUAUUCUGAAGCAGGAAUCACAGUGCGAGGCACAUUCUGUCCUCCGGGUAAGAAUCCACCCGAGGGUGAGCGGAAGCUGUUCCUGGCUAUUGAAUCUACGUCUGAGCUGGCUGUGUCAAAGGCAAAGGCUGAGAUCAUUCGGUUAAUAAGAGAAGAACUAGUGAAGCUCCGUACCAGUGCUGGACCUGCCAAAGCUCAGGGACGGUACAAGGUUCUGUAAGAUAGUAGGUCAUGACUGCAAAGAAACUUGAACUUUGCUCUACCUGUAUAAUUUCCAAGUAAUUUUAUGCUCAAAAUGUUAACCUGACGUAGAUAAAACCUAACAAAAAGGUUUGAAACAUGUUAAAGUCCAUGAGCUAAAAUCACAGGGAAAUGGCAUGACAGUUGUAUGGAAUCGAUACCUAAGCUUCAAGUCAAUUCUGUAUAUGAUGUGAAAUGUGUUUUGUAUGCAUACAUUUUAGAACUGGAUUGUCAGUUAUACCAUCAUUCAGACAAAUUUAAAUAACAUUUAAAUGAUUAACAUUAAGAAGGUUGGGUACAAGGUAGAAAAUUCAAAAUAUGAUGAGUAAAUAGAAACAGGUUUUAUAUGACGGUUUCAGUUAAGAACAUGAAAAUGCUUCAUACCUACAUUCUGAAUUCAUCUUGUGACUCAGUUUGUAGCAUUUUGCUUCAACAAUGGAUGUAUAUGUCUGUGGAAGAAAACUGGUUUAUAAGCAGGCAAUAUCUUUCUAUAAGUCAGAAACUAGUGAACUCCUUGAAUGUAUAAGUAAUGGUAAGUAUAUCACAGUAAACAAACAGGCAUAUAAAUGUAAAGGACAAAAGUAUAAAACUGCUUAUCAUACAGAGAAGUCAAUGUAGAAUGGUAGAAGGCUGUCUUUUCUCAGAAAGUGUAAUGGGAUGUUAGUGCUGCCCUACAUUGGUUUAUCAAAAUCAUUGGAAACCUUUUAUUUGUAUAUAAUGGUGGGAGAAGGAGCUGAGAGUGAUUCAAGAGCUGUCUGUUGUUAACAUCACCCAUCCCUAAAAAUAUUGAUUAAAGGACCGCAUUAACAAUAUUCCCCUGAAUCCUUAAGCCACGUCCACACGGUCCAGCACUGUCUGGGGGGCACUGCCCGCUGAGUGUAUUUCUCCCACUUUUUAGCAUGGUUACCAGAUGGGGCAAUUCCCGGCAGGCUCCAUACUAUUGGGCAGUGCCCGGCGGGCCUUGCCCUCACCAGGCAAGGCCUGCGGACUUUGCCCGUGGUUUUGUCCACGGCUGAGCUGCCGGUUCAAACUUCAACUGGUUGGUGGGUAGUCGGCAGUAACGAGGGGUUAUGAGCGGGCUGUUUGUAGUGCUGUACGAUCACCAUGGUUUGCGCCAUAAUUCAAAAGAAGAUUGCACUCUAUACAAUCAUAAUUGGUGCCUGCAUAAAAAAGAAACUGAAGAGAUCACAGAAAAGUGUAUGGUGCAGGGAGCGGUUGCAAAAACGAGGGGUUUUGGGUAGUUUUGUGACUGUCUUGCGUGAACUACAGGAUAAAAAAUAGAUUCUUUUUGUCAGUUACAUGAGGAUGGACAUCAACACCUUUUAUACACUCCUGGCGAAAGUGGAACCUUACAUAAAGAGGCAGGAUACAUAUAUGAGGCAAACAUUGCACCUGCAGCACGUCUGGAGGCAACUCUCAGAUUUCUGGCUAGUGGGUGUUCGUACACAUCCCUCCAAUAUAGUACGAGGAUAUCUAAGCAGAGUUUAUCCGCCAUCAUACCAGAAACUUGCCAAGCUAUAUAUGAAGUUCUGAAGGAUGAUUACAUGAAGGUGAGAUAAUAUGUAGUGAGCCUACGCACAUUGUGCAUCUGGCAGUGUCGUCGCUCCAUACCGACGUCAAAACUACGGCCACUGCCCGUGCCCUGUAUGAGCUGCGGGCACGGGCAAUUCGAUGCUUUGCCCGCUAAAUGUACCCGCUGACAGCCAAAGCCCUCGUGCCCGCUGGGCAGUGCUCGACCGUGUGGACGUGGCAAUACCCCACAGUGCUCGCUUCUGAUGUCAUCAGCGCUCAUUCCCGCUUUCUAUCGUGAUCUGGUAAGUGUUUGCCCGAUGGGCAUUGCUCGAUCGUGUGGACGCACCUUUAGCAAUGUGUGAUUAUUGCAUUAUAUAAGUAAUUUUAUGAAAAUGAGUUAGAAUAGUAUCUUGCAAGGAAAAGCUGUUCAAGUGCACAGAUAUUUUUGUGUAUUUCAUCAUGAAACACUAAUCAUGGUCUCAUGAAAUAUGGAAAAAAAAAAAUCAUCCUAUGCACCAUUGUCAUUAUGUUGACACCUUUGUAUCAGAUGAACUCAUGAUUGUGCAAGGAACUGUGCUGCUGCUUAUCUAGGCAAGGAGUAGCCUAAAGCCCCGUUCACACUGUGCCGACUCUGUGCCAUGACUACCCACGACUAGGGUACACGAGGUCUUGGGUGUUGAUGUGAAAGGGUCUAGUCUGUUCACUUAAGUCUGACCCAAGCUGACAACAUAAACCUAAGCGUGUUCGUAAGCACAGUGCAGAUUAGCAGAAAGUGCUGUGUGAGAUAAACACAAACGGAGGUUAAAGAAAACUUUGAAGCCAUAGCAUUAGCCAAUUAGCACUCAGCUUGCUAACAUGCUUAGGUUUAUGUUGUCAGCUUGGGUCAGACUUAGGUGAACAGACUAUAAUUGGCCGAAUGUCCCAGAGAGUCAGCAAGACACCAAGACCCCAAUAAAACCUCCACCCCCUUCUUGGAGUGUGGGAACCAACUUGUCAAAUGUAAAAGUCGCUGGGUUGUCGUGGCCCAGAGUCAGCACAGUGUGAACAGGGCUUUAAUGUUUGCACCAUGGCCAUGCCACUAUUUUUAACAUGACAUAUUCAUUGGAAAGCCUCAUGGUCUGAAUGCCCAUUACCAAUACUGUUGCUAGACAACAAGAUUAAAGAUAUAAGAAAUCUCCAAAAUUGUAUUACAAACUGCCUCAUGUUACAUUGUUUUCACCUGAUAAAAGAUUUUUCAUGACAAACUGAACAGAUUCCAUUAAGCUGUGGUUAAAUCUGUAAAAUAUAAGUAACAAGUUCAGUAGAUGAAUAAAAAAUAAAAUGUGUUCAUGAGGUACAAAUUUCUAAACUAGACCAGUGUAGCAAUGCUAGGAAAGUCUUGAUGCUGACUAAGCUGGAGUUCAAGUUUACAAUGUAUGCAAGUUUCAAUAAAAAAGUUACACACCACUAUUGAAAUGGUACAAGAGUAACAUGUGCAGAUAAAUGAACACCAAGGAAAAAUAUUUAUUUUCACCUUUGAAAUCUAUUAUACCCCUCACAAAGCAGUAACUUACCAGUUUCACAAAAUGUUCAACAUAGUCAUCCUAGAAAUUGUUCCUCACAUGAAAUUGUUUUCAUCAUUAAUGCUCACACUAUCAGUCCCAUAUCACUUGUUCACAGUAUGUAAGUAAAGCUGACUUGGAAU